UUUGAUUUGGGUAUUUGUUUAAAUAUAAUAAGUAUAAAUGUGCUACAUUUCAUACCGGCUGCACAGUGGCUUGGUGGUUAGCACUCUCAUCUUGCAGCUAGAAGAUCUCCUCUUUGUGUCUUGGCUUGGGCCUGGGAUCUUUCUGCAUGGAGUUUACAUGUUCUCCCUUGUGGUGUGGAGAUGACAACUCCCAUCCACCAGGUCCUCAGGUGGUAGAUAGAGGAACGGCCCUCAGAUAUGAGGGCUAGCUGCAAAUAGCAGUCCCGGACCAAAUCGUGGGUUGCCCUUUGGCAAGCCAUACCACCCGCCUGUCACCCGUUGCAGGUUGACAUGAAGAUCCAUUUGGGAAGCAGGAAUGGUGAUAGCAUUGGUGGGUCAACAUCAAUAGACAGCUGUUUCUGUCAAUGAUGGCUGUUUGUGAAGCGGAUGAAAUGUAAAGAGUCAACAAUUAUGAAACUCUGCCCCCUUCAGUGGGGAACUGCUCCUGUGAUAGUCUUGGCAAGUCAUCACAGUAUUUAUGCUACUACAAAUUCAUGAUGCAUUCAGAUUACAUCUCCAUGGUUGAAGUACAUGCUGCUUGGUCCCUACAUGGUUAUGAUGAAUCCCAAAAACUUCCAUUGAUGAAGAUAAUCCAAAUCCUUCCGGACGGGUAUCUUCUGAGAUCAGAAUCAUGAAGGGACUCUCCCGACCAAAAAGACCCUAUUUCAUUGGCACUCUAAAUUGUCACACUCUGUGUGCAUUCAAGAACACAGACACGUACAUUAAGAAUAGCAUUAGAAUUGCCCAUGAUCUUGGCUCAAACACAUCGUUUACUGCAUCUGCCUGGAGAAACGAAGCCGGAGCAUCAGUCGGUGGAAUUGGGAUUGUAGUUCAAAAUCAUCUCCUUCCCCUUCUUACAAAUGUCACAAGAGUUAGUAAGCGCAUCGUCACGGCAGUGCUUAAGGGAAACCCUAUAACAGCCAUCAUCUCCUGCUACUCUCCACACAACAACCCCCCAGUAGAAGAAGCAGAGGAGUUUUACCAACAGUUCAGUGAUACAGUCUCAGCAAUACCACUGCAUGCCAUGCUCUUAGUUGGAAGAGACUUCAAUGGUCAUAUUAGAGGAAAAUUCUCAUAUCACUAGUCAACAAACAGAAAUGGCUCCAUGUUAGAGGACUUCCUACAGCAGCAUAAUCUCUUGGCUGGAAACAGUGUUUCAGAAAUCUUCUCAGGCUCUGGACCUGCAGACACCCAGUUGGCCAUCUGUCAUAGAUCGAUUUCAUCCUGCACAGGAAAUGCUGAAGAAAUAGUAUUCAUGACUGUCAAGGCCAUUCUUCUCUGCUCCUAUUGGUGGCGACCACAAAAUCAUUACUGCUACUGUCCAACUUAGCCUCUGUACAUAAAAGAAACUUAGCACCAAUAAUCUCAACUGGCGGGCUUUGAAAGAAGACGAAGAGCUAGAAAAUACAAUUGAUGAUUUAAUAUUGGAAAAACUGAAUCCUCUCUCAGGCUGAAAAAUCAUGUACUUCUGUUGUGUCCAUAAGCAACAAGGUUGGGAAGGAGGAGUACUUACCACAGAGACUCCCACGUGCAACACCUACUGUGGAUAGUUCACCAAGGAGAAAAGAAAUAGAAGAAACUCUCAAAGCAGCUUCUUCAAAUUUAACAAAGCAGCAAUCAACUUUUGACAAGCUUGAGGAUGACCACAUUAACAAAACUCUUGCUGAAUUUGAGGUCAGUGAUAGCAAGCAAAAGGGACCUACCGGUAACGGGCCACGAGCGGCUCACAGGUCGGACUAGACACACAAAACGCGGCCUGCGUGCAGCUCACUUCUAGCGCACCACGGUGACUCUAUGAGGAUAAUAAAUGGCUACUAUAACAAUAACACACGAAAACUGCCUUAAACAAAGGGCAAGCGAUGCAGCAACUGCUACCUUACCUGUUGGCAAAAUGUAAACAGGAAGUGAGCCGAGCAGGAGCGUGCCCCUGACGUCAAAGCAAGAGAAUGGCGAGUAACCAUUGCCCAGCUUUAUAGUGUGUCCUCCUAACAUGAUUGGUUAAUGGAAGUCACAGGAGCAAAACACUAGCCAACCCAAAGCCAAGAUGCAGCACUCAUUCAUUCUGCUACAGAACAUUUCUGCAGUAGUGAAGAAGUACUUGAAGUACUUCAAGGAGACCCUCUAGCACCUUUCCUGUUCAUCAUCUGCUUAGACUAUGCACUGAGGAAUGCAGUCUUACCCUCCGAUGGCCUGACCCUAAAGCGUCGUCAAAGUAGAAGACACCCUGAAGAAGUCCUCCCAGAACUUGCUUUUGCAGAAGACCUUCUGCAUUGGGGAGAGUGAGAAUCAAGAUGAUUGGACUCUUCCUGAAUGCUGGGAAGACGAAGUUCAUGCACCUUUACCCAAGAUCUGAAGACAGAUUGCAUGUACUAGAUAGGUUUGAAAUCAAAAAAGUUGAUGAUUUCCUAAAUCUUGGAGGCAACACCAAAACAGCACAUGAUAUAGAAACAAAAACUGGUAAAGCUUGGGGAGCAUUAAACUGUGUCAAAAAUAUGGGUAUAUUCCUAUUAUGACAACAACUAAAAUGAGAGUAUUCAAGGUGUCAGUGGAAUCCAUCUUACUCUACGGAUCUGACUCCUGGUCAGGAAGGUUCUCUUAAGAAGAAAUGAUGGGACUUAUACCAGAAUGCUACGGAUGGUAUAAAAGAUCUCCUGGAAAUCGCACUUCGCCAACAAGUCGCUAAACAGUCUAACUAGCUAAACAAGAAAGAAAUGAGCUUUUUGAAACAUUGUUUUGAUUGUGUUCUUUUUUAUUAAAUUUAGAUAAUCAUGACAGACAUUUUUUUGGCAAUAUAUCAAAUUUUAUAUGGAACAAAAAAUUGUAUCUGUGUCCGAGAAAUGCAUUUCAACUAAGUUACCCAUUACAAAGACACCUCUCAAGGAAGUGUGUUAAUUCCAGAUCACAUGACCUGCUCCACAUGAUGUCAUUUCCUCCUGAAGAAAAGACUGGAAAGACUCCAAGGCUUUCUGUGUUAUUGAAAAUAAAGUAGUCUGUGAGUCAAAUGUGGAUUUAUUGCAUGUCAACAGGUUUACGACACUUUAUUUAUAAACAACUUUCCUUUUCAGUCUUACUCAACUCUAUAUAUAAUAUUUAGAAGAUUCUCUCUCGAAAAAUGCCAUGUGGUGUUUGGUUGUAGGUGGCCAUGUUGAUUUUAGGCCUGAAAACAGCAAAAAUGCAAACUAUGAUACCUGUCAACUAUGUUACAGAAAGUCCCGCAAUUAUACAUUGGCCCUUGCAUUUCUGUCAAUCUCUUCAUAUGGAAUAGAUUAUCAUUUAAAUGUAGAACAUGUACAGCAUGAAUGUUUGGCUCCUCUGAUUUGACCUAGAUCCUCCCCACAACUGUUCCACUGAACAGACUCACAGGUUUUGCUGCAUGUAUUCAAGGAAAACAUUUUUGCUCCUCUUGCAUUAUUAAAAAAACAAAAAAAACAUUGUCAAAUGUACUUAGAACAUGCAUCUUGAUUAUUGUCAGUAUCAUACUGAAUAUCAUUAUGAAGUUUCCACUUGAGAAGUGGUGAAAACCACAGAGGAGGAGGAGACUAUGCGUGAUUGCAUUCUCACUGUUCUUAUCCUAUCAACAUGGUGGUGGUGGUGAAUCAGUUUGUGCCACAUUUAGAUUUGACUUUUAACUUUCUCAGAGAAAUGAGUGAAAAAUUUCCCUUGUAAGACCACAGAUAUUUCAAUAUAGGCCAUCGUUUAAUGCAUUUCAUCAGGUCAGGUUAAACAGCCAAAUAAACAAAUGCAGUGGUUCUAUUUAACAGCAGGGACAAGGUACAAGAAUAAAGGAUUUACUACGAUUGCCACUGAAGAGCUGGUACUGAGGAGAUCUUUGGCUUUGUUGGGUUUGUCUCAGUAAUCAAAUGUUUUAAGAUCCUCUUCUUACUCAGUAAAGUGCCUUGAGAUGACUUAUGUUGUGAAUUGAUGCAGUAUAAAUGAAAGUGAGAAGAGUCAAAUUGAAAUAUGUUAGCAGAUUAUUGCACAUCCAGCUGUGCUAUAAAAUAUAACUGUACCUUUGAAUGAAUGUAGUCUUCAAGUGCAUGUCAGUGUAACCUGUAUUGUGCCAAUAUGAUGAUGUGCACUAUGUAGAAUUUUUAGGUUUUCUGAGCUGUGGAAUAUCUUGAAAACAUGCAUGUGUGCCAAAGCAGCACCAGAUAUCGUCAAUCAAUGAAAAUUAUGAGCAAUAAUGGAACAAGCAGCACAAACAACACCAUUGGAUGAUAGUCUGUUUACAGUAAAAGCAGCUUUAAGCAGUUAAUGAUCAUUUACAUGCAAACGACCAAAAACCUUUUACUGAUAUGAUCUGUGUAAGAUUGACUAAUAUCAGAAGAUAUUUUCAUAAAAUGUUGCAAUAAAUUUGCAUAAUGUUCACUCACUUAGAGAGCAAUGAAUACUGGAUAUGUCACAGUAAAACUAAAUAAGUCAGUUUGUCAGUUAUUUACUAUCUGUGUUACUAUCUGUGUUAUUUAACCCAAAAAUGUGUUUAUUAACCAGAUAUUGCAUUUCAAAACCACAUAAAACAUGAAAAAAGUAAACUGUUGAUUCAUUUACGUCAGUGAGCACAACUCUUGGGUUGAGACACAAGAGUUUCCUGUUCCAUUUUUAACAUCUACCCUCCCAGUUGAACUGCUGAUCACACAGAUAGAGAGCAGAAAGAAGAACUACUGAGUGGUGUGUGAAGGUACAACUUUCACUCAAGGACUCAGAAACAUUGCUUUUCUCAAAAAGUCGACAUGAACAACACCACUGAGGACGAGCCACAGCCAGUCUACGCUGUGCUCUUUGGCUGCAUCAUGGCCCUUGGUCUGCCUCUCAACGCUGUUUCUCUGUGGAUUCUGCUUCGUCGCCACAGCCUCAAGUCACCCAACGCCGUCUUCAUGGUCAACCUGGCAAUCUCGGACCUGCUGCUCGUCAUCUCCUUACCCAUGAGGGUCUAUGUCUAUGCAACAGGUAACUGGCCUUUUAGCAGCACAGCGUGCCUCGUUACAGAGGCACUCUUUUACACCAACAUCCGCUCCAGCUCUAUCUUCAUCACCUUCAUCAGCGUGGACCGGCUGCUGGCUGUAGUUUAUCCUCUGAGGUCACGGCAUCUUCGAACCUCAACCAACGCAUGGAAAGGUGCUGGAUUCACUUGGCUCAUUUUGUUGGUGACAAGUAUCUCAGUGACGGUGACGCUUUCAGGACAACCACCACAUAACCACACCUGUUUUGUACCACAUGAUACAAAUGAUACUGCUCCUAAAAUAUCAUCAGCCGAUUUUCUUGAUCCUGUGGUAGUGUCCAUCCUGCUGGCAGUCAACGUUGUGUGCACUGCUAUGGUGUUGUGGACUCUACGCAGUCAUCUCAGUGACUCUGCAAAGGUCAAGAACAAGAUGAAUGUAAUGCUGAUUUUUGUGCUGAACUUGCUCAUAUUCACCAUAUGUUUCUUACCUGUGUCAAUUAGUUUGGUUACAGUUCAUAACCGUUUGUCAUUGAUAUGUCUUGCUGCUGUGAACUGCUGCCUGGAUCCACUGUUGUAUUAUUUUUCUUUUGAUGCCUUCUGGAAGAAAAAAGAAGAUGUGGAACUAUCAUGAGAAUAGGACAAAAAGAACAUAUUUACAUGAGGUGGUGUCAGAUCUCCAGUGGGAUGUUGUGGUUUUCCUAUUUUCCUGCAAAAUAUGGAGCAUGGGAUGUACAUUUGGCGACAAGCUAGACUAUGUGAUGCUUUUACAUUUGUCUUUAUACCAAGAAACCAAAAAUUAUUGGUAAAAUGACAAAUGUGCAUUAUUUUUUAAACCAGUUUUCUUCAGCUGCUUAUGGGUUCUUAUUUAUUUUACAGACAUAACUGAUCUUCUCAUCAUUUACCAGAAGGUAAAACGACCUUUGACAUGGUUUAUCAUGAUGCUUUUAAUACUAGUGCUAAUUAUAUUCCUCUUCACUGUAUGAUAAUGUUGGUGGUUGUACCUCUCUGUAAAGAGUAACGCCUCAUUGCUGACAUUUGACUCACUCUUAUCUUUAAUGCAAAUCAGUUUUUAAAUGCAAUGUGCUUUCGUUCUGUUGAUUCAUUUUUCAAAUCUUAAAUGCUUUAAUUAUUGUUUGUCUUAUUUUUCUAAAUUUGCUUUAAUAUUUUUAUUGUUAUCCAAGUUUCUUAUUCAUGUGUGUACAUCUUUAGUUUUCUUACUUGGCUGCAUUGUAGAUGAG